AUGGCGUCAAGCGUCAAGCGCUUACAGGAGGCUGCGAAGCAGUUGGAGUGGAUUCUUUCUUCGCGGCUCUCCAGCGAUGUCUUGCGAAAGUCGGCGACGAAGCUGUUGAGGAACGGUCGACAGCCCUGGGUCUUCGCCCUUCAUUUGCUGCGUCGUUUGGAUGAGAGUGCCGUGCGGCCAGACUUGAUUUCCUUUGGAGCCGCCCAAGAUACCUUGGCACACAGCAAGCACAGCUCGGCGUGGCAACAUGCGCUGGCUGUGUUGGUGGAGGUGCAGCUGCGCAGACUCAGUGUGGAUGCAGCGUUGAUGGCUGUGGCCAUCCAUGCGUGUCGACAGCGAUGGCGACAGGCCUUUGCAUUGCUGGCAGAUGCUACAAGGCGCAGUCUUUUCAGCGAUGUGGCGCGCAGUUCCAGUAUCUUGGCCUGCGGCGUAGCCUUGCAGUGGCGCAGAGCAUUGGCCAUCCUUACAGAUAGCUCGACGUCGGCGCAUCGCAUCCCCUGCUCUGCCGCCACGUACAGCUCAGCAAUGUGUGCGAUGGAAAGCGCCACUCAAUGGCAACAUGCCUUGGAGAUCCUCCGCUUGGCCAUAGAAGAGGUGUCUCCUGAUGUGGUCUUGUUCUCCGCUGGCAUCAGUGCAACUGAAGCAGCAGGAGGUCGCUGGCAACAUGCCUUGCAAUUGAUGCAAGAUGCAAAAGGAUGGCAGAUCCAAGUCAACGUCGUCAUGCUGAGUGCGGCCUUGAGCGCGUUGGAGAAGGGCAGUCAGUGGCAUUCAGCACUGUCGUUGAUGACAAGUUUCCAAGGGCCAGUCGAUGCCAUUGCCUGUAAUGCCGCCGUGAACGCGUGCAAGCAAGGAACGUCCUGGGAACUCGCCUUGCACUUCGCUUCCGGCGCCACACGUCAUGGUUACAACGCAGCUGCACAGAGCCUGGCCACCUGUCACUUCUGGCAAAGGCCCGCUGUGUAG